UCAAAGGAAAAUUUAGAGACAGAAAUGGCUGCAGCUAGAGCUAACAGAAACGGCGCAAAUCUUCGCACAUCCGCUUCAUUCAAAUCAAAGCUCCCGCCGUCAAAUGUCCGCCGCAGUGGCGUCGCCGUUGAUUCCGUUUCAGGAAGAGUCCGAGUUGCUGUACGAUUGCGACCUCAAAAUACUGAGGAGUUGGUAGCAGAUGCAGAUUUUGCUGAUUGUGUGGAUUUGCAGCCAGAGCUUAAAAGGUUGAAACUUCGUAAAAACAAUUGGGAUUCAGAUACUUAUGAGUUUGAUGAAGUCCUGACUGAAUUUGCGUCACAAAAGCGUGUCUAUGAAGUUGUUGCCAAACCUGUUGUUGAGAGCGUUUUAGAGGGUUACAAUGGGACAGUGAUGGCUUAUGGUCAAACCGGAACUGGGAAGACGUAUACUGUUGGCCGAUUGGGUGAUGAAGAUACCUCUGCUCGGGGUAUAAUGGUUCGUGCGAUGGAGGAUAUACUUGCAAACAUCUCACCUGAGACUGAUUCUAUUUCAGUUUCAUUCCUGCAGCUUUAUAUGGAAUCCAUCCAGGAUCUACUGAACCCAGCAAAUGAUAAUAUAUCAAUUGUUGAGGACCAGAAAACUGGUGAUGUUUCUUUGCCAGGGGCUACUGUCUGCGAGAUCAGAGACCAGCAAAGUUUCAUUCAACUCUUACGCUUAGGGGAAGCGCAUAGGAUUGCUGCCAACACCAAACUGAACACUGAAUCUUCUCGGAGUCACGCCCUUCUGAUGGUACAUGUCAAGAAGUCUGUAGUGGACAGGGACGAAUUUUGUCUUGAAGCACAGAAUCGCUCAAUUGGUACUUUGAGGCCUCCUAUACUACGUAAAGGCAAACUGAUCGUGGUAGAUCUUGCUGGUUCCGAACGCAUUCACAAAUCAGGAAGCGAGGGUCAUAUGCUAGAAGAAGCCAAGUCUAUAAAUCUUUCACUUAGUUCCUUAGGGAAAUGUAUAAAUGAGGAGAAAACCAAAUGUCAGAUGGAUUAUAUGGAGUCAAUUAAGAAGCUUGAGGAGAAGUGGACCAUCAACCAGCAAAAGCAUGCAAUUAAUGCAGAGAUUAACAAUGGUGCUGGUGAUGAAAAGGUUGCGGAGCUAAAAAGGUUGCUUCAGGAUGAAGUUUGUCUACGAAAAGCAGCUGAAGAUGAAAUUCAGAAGAUAAAAAAUCAGCUAUAUAGAUUUUCAAAGAUGGAGUUGGCAGGUAGAAACUCUGAUGGCUUUAGCAUUCAUCAAGUGCUGGAAGAGGAGAGUUGUCAGAAAAAGAAACUAGAAGAAGAAGUGAGAGUUUUAAGGAGUCAACUGGCACAAAUAUCUAUUGAAGCUCAUCAAGUCAGGAGCUAUCCAGAUGGAUCCAACUCUGCCAACCCCCUACUUGGUCUAGAUUCCUUAGAACCACUUAAUCAAAUGCGGUCAAGAGAUUGUGAUAAUGGAGAACGAGCAUCUAUUACAAACCUUCAUGAACAAGUUGGAUUGCAAAAGAUAUUAUCAUUACUUCAGUCUGAGGAUGCUAAUGUACAAAUACAUGCGGUAAAAGUGGUAGCCAACUUAGCUGCAGAAGAAGGAAAUCAGGAAAAGAUAGUUGAAGCUGGUGGUCUCACUUCAUUGCUAAUGCUCCUUAGAACAUACGACGAUGAAACAAUUCGUAGAAUUGCAGCUGGCGCUAUUGCUAAUCUUGCUAUGAAUGAGGCUAACCAAGAGCUCAUAAUGGCCCAAGGUGGAAUCUGUCUGUUAGCAAUGACAGCUACUGAUGCAGAAGAUCCUCAGACUCUAAGAAUGGUUGCUGGAGCAAUAGCUAAUCUCUGUGGCAAUGAUAAACUGCAAAUGAGAUUGAGGUCAGAAGGUGGCAUCAAAGCUCUAUUAGGGAUGGUGAGAUGUAGACAUCCUGAUGUUCUAUCUCAAGUUGCCCGUGGUAUUGCAAAUUUUGCGAAGUGUGAAUCUAGGGCUUCCAGUCAAGGAUCAAGGCACGGCCGUUCCCUCCUGAUAGAUGAUGGCGCAUUACCGUGGAUAGUACAAAAUGCCAACAGUGAAGCUUCACUGAUCAGGCGUCAUGUUGAGCUUGCACUCUGCCACCUCGCACAGCAUGAGGUGAAUGUAAAAGACAUGAUCAGCGGAGGAGCCCUUUGGGAGCUAGUUCGUAUUUCGCGGGACUGUUCUAGGGAGGAUAUAAGGGCCCUUGCUCGUCGAACUCUGACCUCAAGUUCCACAUUUCAGUCUGAACUGCGACGCCUAAGGAUCGAGGUUUAGUUACUGUCUUCCCAUAUAUGCAUAAUAGUAUAUGUUUUGCACAUCUGCUAACCACUAGACUCUGAUAGAUCAUAGAUCUUCUGCUACAGAAGAUCGAGACUUUGAUAUCGUAAUAGUAGUUAUUUUUAUUCAUUUUCAUCAAGUUAUAUUUGUCCCAUAUUUAUGGUGCUGGCAUUCCCUACGUGUAGUCGCUUCAGCUAAAAUUUUGUAUCAGUGAAUUAUUGUGUAGAUGAUGUAUAUAUGAAAAAUACUUUAUCGAAGUUUAUUUGUGCGUAUU